GAGAUGUCUCUGGAGGUGCGCUGGUUUCAUCGAGCUGUUGGCUAGUUUCUCCCCACAGAAACAACACAAUGCCUGGGGCGGGUUGCCGUUUGUUGACGUGAAUCCCAUCAAAGCAUACGCCUCCUGAUAUUGACGGCUCAAUUUUGGCUCUCUUUUUUCUCCGUUGUCUACAUUCCCUGCUGUAGUGCUGCUACGUUUAAACCACGAUUCCAUUUCAAUGUCUAUUUGUUAUAAUAUAAUAUUGCAACUGGCUUUCCGCUCAGCGUGGUUCCGGGCUUGAUCCUGAUUUAGCUCUGGUUCUUCCUGUUUCCACCACAGUGCAGCCGGCUCUCAGUACCGAAACCCGGUUCUUAGCUGGCCCCACUCGGCUGCCCGGCAAGAACCAAUACGCUUACGUCGGAGGUUUCUCUGCGAAGUCACCGCAGCUCGUUUUUCCGACCUUUCCGCUGCACCCUGAAGGCGUCCUGACCUUUUACCCAGCAGCACGUUGCAGCAGGCUGUCCGGUGACCGAGCCGCGGGAGAGUGUGUGCGGUGUGUGUGUGUGUAUAGUGUGUGUAUAGUGUGUGUAGGACCGGAAGCCCUCGGUAACCCGUUUCUCUGUCUCUCCGUCACCGGACCCGUUAUCCAGGCUAACGGUUAGCAGCUAACGGCUAACAACAUGGAGGCGUUUCUGAAGAGCUGCUGCAGAGCCGUGAAGGAGAACCAGGGUUCAGGGUUCCACGUGGUUCUGGGGAACGAGGCCUGCGACCUGGACUCUAUGGUCUGUGCUCUGACCUACGCCUACCUGCUGUCCCAGACCUCAGGUGAGGACAGACAGGUGGUUCCUCUGCUGAACAUCAGACAGGUGGAGUUUCCUCUGCGCUCCGACAGUGUCCUCCUGCUGCAGCAGCUGCACCUGUCCUCAGACCUGCUGCUGUUCAGAGACCAGCUGGACCUGCAGGACCUGAACCAGGCCGGGAGACUGAGGCUCACUCUGGUGGACCACAACGUGCUGCCCAGUUCAGACAGUGACCUGGAAGGGGCGGUGGUUCAGGUGAUCGAUCAUCACCGGCUGGAGAGACGGCCCUCCCCUACCUGUCCCGUUACCGUGGAAAUAGUGGGAUCCUGCGCUACCUUGGUCACUGAACGCAUCAUCAAGGAAGCUCCACAGAUCCUGGACCUCCAGGUCGCUCACAUGCUCUACGCUGCAGUGCUGCUGGACUGUGUGAACAUGUCUCCCUCUGCAGGUAAGGUGACCCCCCAGGACUCUGCAGUGUUUGCUGAGCUGCAGCUGCGUUUCCCUGAUCUGCCUCAGAGAGAGGAUCUGUUCCAGAGGCUGCAGGACGCCAAGUUCAGUGUCUCAGGUCUGAGCACGGAGCAGAUGCUGAUGAAAGAUAUGAAAGCUGUUACAGGAAGUCUCAACGUGGCGAUCUCUGUCCUCUACAUCACCCUGCAGGACUUCCUGCAGGGGGCGGAGUUGGAGGCGGAGCUUUCUGCCUUCUGUUUGAAGUUUGGCUUUGACUUCCUGGUACUGAUGACCAUUUCCUUCAGUGAGAGCCAGCAGCCAAUCAGAGAGCUCGCUGUGUUCAGCCACAGCCACACCUGCAGGCAGCAGGUGGCUGUGUACCUGGAGCAGGCCCGUAGCCCCGCCCUGAUGCUCUGUCCAAUCAGAAGCCCCCAUCCUCACAUCUCAGCCUAUCAGCAGG